GGUAAGCAUAAUACGUCGCUCGCCUUCUUCACGGCGCACGAACGUGCUGAGUUGAGGACGACUUGGGGAAGCCAAUCUACGCGACUCAAUCGAGAUUCGUUCUUGCCCUUCGGCUCUUGUCGUCUCUGCCUGUUACCCGCUCGCGAUCCCGUAUCAUGCCCUUCUCACGGUCACCUGUUCUGCCGAGAAUGCGCUCUCUCGAACCUGCUCGCCCAAAAGAAGGAAAUCAAGCGUCUUGAGAAGGAAUACGUACAGAAGAAACAAGAAGAAGCAGAAUCCGAGGCACUCAAACAAGAACAAGAGAGAGAACGUGCCGUUCAAGACUUCGAGCUUGUUCAGCAAGGCCUGAACAGCAAACUCGGCUCCAGCGGUGCUGCUGCCAGACACAUCAUCGGACGUGAAGCUGGCAAGGUUAUUGUCGAGGAACAGAACACAGACAAGCAAGGCACCAAGCGCAAGUUAGAGAUCGACGAAGAUGAACUCAUGCGUCUUGGAGGCCAGAACACAAAGUUGAAGAAGGACUCUCAAAACCCUCUCGAUCAAAAAGCUGCUACCUCCUUCUGGAUCCCUUCCUUGACGCCCUCAAGCAGCACCGCUGCGACCAAGCCGACAAAGUCAAAUCCACAAUGUCCGGCAUCGUCUCCUGAUAAGCCCCACGACUUUUCUCUAAAAGCGCUUGUCUCUGUCCAGUUCACGGAAGAAAAGGCCGAGAGAUCCGACGAGCCCGUCCGCUCAUGUCCUUCAUGCAAGAAGGCACUUACCAACUCGACAAAAGCAAUGUUGGCCAAGCCUUGCGGUCAUGUUAUAUGCAAGCCUUGUGCUACCAAGUUCAUGAAGCCGUCCGAGAAGGACGCUCACGAUGCAAAUGCAGAAGUCGGCGUUGUAAGAUGCUACGUCUGCCAAACCAACGUCACUGAGAAGAAGCGUGAAAAGAAAGAUGGCAAGGAGGACAAGGAGAAAGUCAGACCAGGCGUAGUAGAGAUCAGUUCAGAAGGCACCGGGUUCGCCGGAGGAGGCAACAACAUGGUCAAAAAGUCCGGUGUAGCGUUCCAGGUCUAG